AUGGAAAAAAAUAUACUUGACAGUCUCCUCGACCUGGAAGAGGAAUUCUACCAAGAGGGCUAUAAUUUGGGUGCAACCGAUGGUGCCCAGGCUGGUUACACUGAAGGAAGCGUAUUUGCCGUUGAAAAAGGCUUCGAAAAGUUUGUUGAAUUGGGAAGACUAUAUGGCAAAGCACUCGUCUGGGCCCAGAGACUCGCAGAUUCUGACUCCUCCCGGAAUUCGUCACAGCAGAGUGAUAAAACAGAUACCCGCAAGUCUCAGCCAUAUAAUGAGGAUGACCUUCUCUUAGAACCAUUCGUAUGCAAGGAGAUGCUGCCUCUUCCCGCCAGUUCACGGCUGGCCAAAAACCUUGAGAUUCUACUCGAAUUAGUUGACCCAGCGUCGUUGCCUAUGGAGAACACGGAAGAAGCUGUCACAGAUGUUGAUGAGCGUCUUAAGGGCGCUACAAUCAAGGCUAAGCUUAUCCAGCGAGCGCUUGGAGAACGGGAGGACGCUUCAGACAUCCAUCCUGACGUCAAGGAUGCCCAGGUAGCCGGUGAUGGAACAGGGAGCAUUGAGGACAUUAGCUCACUGAACCGCUGUGGUGUUUUCUCCAGCAGCACUAUGGAGUCCUGUCUCCUAAUCGGACUUUCUCCGACCGGAUGGCAGCCGACCCCCGGCGAUCUACCUGGGCCCUGGCUCUCGGUCUUCAACCCUGGAAUGCGAGCCUCAUCGGAUGUUACCAAUGACGAUGGCUAA